AUGGGAAGCUGCUGCAGCAGUGAAUUUGAGGAAGAAUUUGAAAUCGAGACAGAUGACGAGUCCAAGACAGUGAGACCAAACCCUGCCUUCCGACAUUCCCAGCUGACCCCCGUGACGCAAUACGUUGAGGCCCAGCCACAGGGUGUCUCCGGCGGUGCUGCCGGAGCGGGCCUCAACCUCCCCAGGCUCAUGCCGACCUACCCGACAAUGCCAGGUAAGGUGGUUUCUUGGCCGGCCCAGAGGGCAGGAGCAAGUCCGACGAAGAUCGUUGGACAUGUGACCCCAGAGAUCCAAUUGAGCAUCAAAAAGGCCCACGAGCCCGAAACACGCGCCUACAGCGGAGGCUGUCCAGUGCUGAAUGUUGAGAUGGUGCAGCUGGAAAUCGACCUGGACCGCAUCGUCGAAAAAUGCCAAAAGAUCAAGGCCCUGCAGCUGCAGCGACUGCAUUUUGGACCAUGCAUUGGGGGCCAUACUCCCAAGUCUAAUAGACCUAAAGGCUUUUUGAGCGGGACAUAUGCCGCGUUUCUAUUUAUUUGUUGA